AUGCGCGUCACAAACUGCCUCGGAUUGGCUGCUGGCACUCUCGAGGCUAUGCCUACACAGCCUCGCGCGCAUGGGCAGUCAAGAGGGACCACGCACCUUCUCAGGACAGCACCAGUGCCUCUCUCUUGGACCGGCAAACUUGGUGGUCUCGUGUCACCAAUGUGGGACCAGUGCGGCAUCGGACGCGCCAUCGACAGCUCUGAACUGCGCCUCACCACUGACCGGGAAGGCCGCCAAGUGGGCCAGCACAGGUCGCACAUUGUGGCAGCAGUCAGCAGUGCAUGUCUGAUAGCUAGCAGCAGCGUCAGGGUCUCGCAGGGUCGGAUCGUGUCAAGCCUCUCGCCCGGCCGGCCGCGUGCAGACGUCGCCCUCGUCGGCCUGUCUGCUGUCUGGAGUGAUCUGUCGGCGGUCAGUACGACCGACCAGGUUGGAGGUUUCUGA